GCCCGCGAAUAAACCCAGCCGUUCGGGCGAAGUUUUCCACGUCUCCCUCCUCGGUCUCUCCGCCCUCCCCUCACUCCCCACCCUCGGUUUAUAUAUCUCUCCGUCCCUCCUUGCCUUUUCCUCAGAAACGACGUCCCUCCUUAAGGAGAAGAAAUCAGGAGGAGAAAGAGGAAAGAAAAAUGUCCGCGUUCUCGGCCGUCAAGAGCCUCUCAACCCCGACCAUCACCACCCGAUCCACCCCCUCCUCCAACCCCAAACCCUCCUUCCCCUUCCCCUUUCCUUCCCCUGCCUCCGCUGGCGCCGGCAGCCUCCGCCACUCCGCCGCGAUCCGACUCAACUCCUCCUCUCCCAGUCCCCUCCGCGCUGUCUCCUCUCAUGUCCUCAGUGACGAGCAGCGCGUCACCUCCCCUUCCAACCACGACAAGGCACUGGUAACCCGUCGGGAGGCGCUGGAUCUGUACGAGGACAUGGCGCUGGGGAGGUCGUUCGAGGACAUGUGCGCCCAGAUGUAUUACCGGGGCAAGAUGUUCGGCUUCGUUCACCUCUACAACGGCCAAGAAGCGGUCUCCACUGGCUUCAUCCGCCUCCUCCAGCCCGGCGAUGCCGUCGUCAGCACCUACCGGGACCACGUCCACGCCCUCAGCAAGGGCGUCCCGGCCCGCGCCGUCAUGGCCGAGCUCUUCGGCAAGACCACUGGCUGCUGCCGCGGCCAGGGCGGUUCCAUGCACAUGUUCUCCGCCCCCCACAAUUUCCUCGGUGGUUUCGCCUUCAUCGGCGAGGGCAUCCCCGUCGCCACCGGUGCCGCCUUCUCCUCGCGGUACCGCCACGAAGUCCUCAAGGAGGCAUCCCCCAGCGGCGGCCUCGACGUCACCCUCGCAUUCUUCGGGGACGGCACCUGCAACAACGGGCAGUUCUUUGAGUGCCUGAACAUGGCUCAGCUCUGGAAGCUGCCCAUUGUGUUUGUAGUCGAGAAUAACUUGUGGGCGAUUGGAAUGUCGCACCUUAGAGCCACGUCCGACCCCGUCAUCUGGAAGAAGGGGCCUGCAUUUGGGAUGCCCGGGGUGCCCGUGGAUGGAAUGGAUGUGCUGAAGGUGAGGGAGGUGGCUAAGGAGGCGAUUGAGAGGGCAAGGAGCGGAGAGGGGCCUACUCUUGUGGAGUGUGAGACCUAUCGGUUCCGAGGGCACUCACUCGCGGACCCUGAUGAGCUUCGAAAGCCUGAUGAGAAAGCUCACUACACUGCAAGAGACCCCAUUUUGGCCUUGAAGAAAUACAUUCUUGAACAUGAUCUGGCCAGUGAGUCUGAGCUGAAGGGUAUCGAGAAAAAGGUAGAUGAUGUGAUUGAAGAUGCUGUAGAAUUUGCAGAUGCAAGCCCAUUUCCUCCUAGAAGCCAGCUACUUGAGAAUGUGUUUGCGGAUCCCAAAGGUUUUGGAGUUGGCCCUGAUGGGAAGUACAGGUGUGAGGAUCCCAAAUUCACCGAAGGUACUGCUCAAGUCUAAGGUUUUGUUUAUUUGAUUACAUUGUCAGUUUGAGAAUUUUGUUUCCUGUAACAUGAUGUGUUUCUGUCCUCUCAAGUCAACUUUUGUUUAUUUAUUUAUUUGUAGAAAUACUACCCUUUUUCUCCCAGCCAAUUUGUUAUUCCAUUUUUUUAGUGUUGUUGAAUCUACAUCUGUUUUGAACAGAUGAUCAGUUCUGUUUCCAGAUAUAUACAGGGUGUUCUGACAUUUUGAUUUCACAAUCAGAUCUAUGCUGUUGCACGUGUUUUAACCCGAGAUAAAGUGGAAUAUUGAAUUUUGAAACUUGUA